GACAUUGUCAGAAAUGUCGUCUGGCACCAAAGCAGCAAAAAUAAAAGAUUCGCAUAUUCAACUAGAAUCCCCCAUUGCAGAUUUGUGUUCAAGACUUUACGAAGCAGAUGCUCCUGACGAUGUACCUUUUCCAGAAUUUUUGGAUAUAGAAAUUAAUUCUGAAAAAUGGGAUUCUCCAGGGCACACGUCAACAGCUAUUAGUAGUGUAGACAAGAAAGGAUCUGCCAUGCAGUUAAUACCUUAUGAUGAUCAACGUAUAAUAUAUUUGCCUCCCAGUCUACAUGCUCACGAAUGGAGAAAACUCGAUGAAGUAUUUAUGGAUGCACAUUUGGUAAUAAAAAACGAAACUGGAAAAUACCCAGAUCUUCGAACAGGCAGUAGCCAUUUACUUCAUUCUGAGUUUGUAAGAAGUUUUAUUAGCAGCAUCGAAACUCUUCUCUACUUAGGUAAUGAGAAACAAUUUACUGUGGAAUAUACAUCCCCUAGUUUUAAUCCCUCGUUUGAAAAAGAGCCAUGGAGACCUUGGAAUCAUAUUUACUGCAAUUGUAAAUCUGGAAAAAGUUAUCCACAUACACCUACUUUCAAUCCAGUAGGCAAAUAUGUAGUAAGGUUGUACUGGAUGGGAUCUUGGAGAAAAAUAUAUGUCAGUGAUAAGAUUCCUAUAAACCAACACAAUGAAAUAAUGCUUCCUUCCUGUCCAAUUCCCUUACCAACUUCAGCAGUAGUAGAAGAUAUAGAACCACAAUCAACUAGUAAACAAAAAGACGAAAAGAGCCAACUUUCUAAACAAGAAAUAAGAAAAAGAAGAGAGAAAUUAGAGAAAAAAACAGAUAGGGUUAUUGAAAUAUGGCCAUUUUUGCUUUCGAAAGCCCUCAUGAUACUGGCGGGUUUAACUUGGACCGAAGAAGAUGAGCUUUUAGAUUUUGAUAUUAUUCACUCUUUAACAGGAUGGGUUCCAAACAAAAUUUAUACAACAGAUUUGGAUAGUUCUGCAAUCUGGCAACUUUGCUUGGAUCAUACAAACCAGUAUACCUGGUUUAAUAGUGAUAUCUCAGAAAAACCUAGUAAGAAAGGUAUAACUUUAUCCGGUAGAAGCAGCAAAUUGAGUGUUAAAAGUGAAAAAAGUAAUAAAAGCAUAAAAAGUUAUAAGAGCGCUAAGAGCGAAACUAGAAGUGAUACAAUGACAGAUAAAAGCGAAAAAGACAAAAAAAGUUUAAAGAGAGACAAAGAUGGCAUCAAAAAAAAGGAGACAUUUCAGAGAACCCCUCAACCAGAAGAAAAAGAAGUUAAUAAAGACAGUUUUAUAUUGACAAUUGGAAUUGCACUUAACGGUGAAUCGAAUAAAGGUUGGUCCCACACUUUGCUAGUACCACAGACCCGUACUGUACCAUUAUUGAAACCGACAAAAGAUGAAGAACAUGAACCUUGGAAAAGAUAUCGGUGGAUCGAUUGGGCUAUUAAAGAGAAAAUUGUAAACCCUAGGGCUCCUUUGAAUCCAAUUAAAAGUUUUUUAACUGUUGACCCAUUUAGAGAUAAAUACUCUUUUAUGGUUCAAAAAGACCAUAGUUUAGAUACUGCUGUAGUACCAGAAACGAAAAAAACGGACCAUUUACCGAAAUCUAAACGAGUAAAAACAACAUUUGCCUAUGAAGAUAUUACAGAAUGGUUAGACUACGAGAAUAUUUAUCAAUCCUUGCAGCUGAUAUCAAUAUAUUACAGAGGAUCUUCCUUUAAUGUUAAGACAAGGGUGUCCAAUAUAACCAAUGAAAACAUUAAGAAGGAAACUAGAUACCCUUUUGCUAAAAAACUAGAACAAUUGCAUGGGAUGGAAUGGAAAGAAGUUAUAUAUCCCGUUAUAUUGCAAAAAAGGAGAAAUGAACCCAUAUAUUUAUUUUGCGAUUCAUUAUUUAAACAAUCUGUAGUCAUUAACUUAAGUCAAACGAUAAACGAUUCUAUUUUUAUUGAAAAACACAAGGAAACUGUGAUCGGGGUAGUUGAACCAGAAGAAGUUGAAUGUGGUUUAUGCCCAACAACGUUUUUGGAAAGAAUAAAAAAGAAUGUGGAGCCUAAAAAGGCUGUCAAGUCAGAUGUAUACAAAAAAGUUCAAGCUUAUAGUAAACGAGAUAUUCCUGAAUCUUCUAUUGUUAUAUCAAAAUUUAGUUGGUGUUCACAAAAGGUAAACGAUUAUCUAGGUGAACUUUCUACAACAGGAACAAGCAGUUAUGUACUAAACCUAAACCCAGGACAACACAUCCUGAUGAUUUGGAUCCAAACCAAUGGAUCCUACUGUUUACAAUUCUUCUCUAAUACCUACCUUUGCAUUGGAAAUCUAGAAGAGACAUUAACGUUAAUGAACAAUGACCCUUUAUUAUUUAAAUAUGCGUAUUUAAAAUUUACAGAAGAUUUACAGAACCUGAUUUACUCCUUUGGAAUAAAAGAUGAAUUUUUAAGUGCUUUAAGAGAUUUUUACAGAAGUUAUAAACCACAAAACAAGCUAUGUAAAAAAGAUACAAACCUUAUCCACGAUUUAUUUUUAAAAGAGUUUUUUGAAAUAAUAACCACGAGAUUUGGACCAGAAACCCUGAAAGCUGUCAAAAUAUUACUAAGAAAAUGGCAAUUUGAUGAUACCUGUCGAUGUGUUGUUCGAGAUCCAUCGAUUUUCUGUUAUCCACUUUCUGAAAAAGAAAAUAAAUAUGUUGAGAUUAUGAACAAAAAUGUUACAAAAAUUCAGUCAUUCUUUAGAGGAGUUUAUGAAAGGAUUAUGACAAGCCACCAUGAUACAAAGUCAAAACGUUUUUCAGCAACGACAGAGAUAUUAUAUAAAGUUUGUGAAAAGUUUGAUGAGCAUAAUAAGAUUUUGGGUGCAUAUACUUUAUGUAAAUUCAUUGAGAACCCGGACAUGAAACAAUUUAAGCAGCAUUAUGCCUGGUAUGAGGACAAGCUAAAAAAAUUGUGUACUGUACAAUAUUGCCAUAUGAAUAACAUUGAAAAGGGAUGGAAUCUUAUUACAAGGCAAAGUUUUCUUGUUAGAUCUGGUCCCCCAAUAAAGAUCAGGAUCCACGUAUUUUGCGACAUGGAUCAAUAUGUUGUCCGUGUUUUUGAUAACGAUACCUCUAAAGAGAUGGUCCAUUAUCUUAAUAACGUUAUAGUCAACGAAUACAAAUCCAAUAAUUAUGGAUACACUCUUGUUGCAUAUGGAACAUCUGAAACUUCAAAGACAGUUACUUCUAAGGUUAUGUACGCCUGUCAACAGGAAGGCACUGAAGAAAUGAUUUAUCUUACCAAUGUUAUUUCAAAGAAAAUAGUGUUUACCGAUUACUAUAUACCCAAUCAUAAUAAUUACAUUGGCAGGUACACAGUUAAAGUAAAAAGUGACUCUCGUAUUACUCUACAUUUAUUUAGCAGUUAUCCGGGAGUAAAAAUUUUUCUAAAAGUCUCAAACUUGUCGCAACCUAACCAAGUUGUAAUCGAAACUUCCGGUUCUAGUUCAGUAACCAUUCCUUUAAUCCUAUUAAAGUCUAACAGCGGAGGCCAAAAAUUUGGAAAUAUCCUGGACAGCAAAUUAAUUUUUAUGUCUAACUCGGAUUCUACUCAGGUUACUCCGAAAAAAGUAUCCAGACGUGCCGAUAGCAAAAAUUCUCACCUGUCAUCCAAAGGCAAACCAACUGUAAUCCAAAAAAAACCAUCAAGUUUACCAAAAUUGUCCAUUGAUGAUAAUAAUGAAAUGACUUACAUAAUUGAAGCAUUUGUUUUGGAUAAUUCUUGGCCUUUAACAUAUAAAGAAUGGCAAACGGUAGAAAUGGAAAGAAUACGAAGAAUGGAAAUUGAAUCUCUUUUUCCUGAUCGAACUGACUCUUUGGAUAAAUACUCAAGUGAAAUGAAAAUGCCUGUUAAAAUUGAUUAUGGUAUACUUAAAUCAAGACGAUCCAGUAAGUCACCUAAUAGUCCAUCUUCAACUUUAAUUCUUCAUUGCGGCGAUUAUGAUGACGUGAAAAUUACAAUUAACACAGAUAAAGAGGAUUUCCUAAUGCGUACCAAAAUGGCUUAUUAUGAGAAUGAUCCAUAUCGGUAUAAUACAGCUAAAACAUUAAGAAAAGAAUUUCUUGAAGCAAAUCUAAUACAAAACGACAACAUUAUUAUCAAUCAUGAAGCAAGAACUAUAAAUCGAAGAGAUUUUGAGGAGUAUAUUGUACCCCAAAUGGAGAUUACCCAAUAUUCGCAAACACAUUUGAGUCAACAAGGAUUUAAGGUGGUUAAAUCCACGGAGGAUGUGAAGCAGGAUAUACAAAAAAUACUGACAGCGGUCUCCGUCUACAGCGAGUCCGAACUGACAAAUGAGGCGAAAAGUAUGGAACAGUUUACGGAUGAACACAUCGCCAAUUUAGAAACGUUUAAUAAUUGGUUUAAAGAUGUACAAGAAGACUCUGUAUGGAUGAUGAAUCAAGUUUAUAAAGAAAGAUUUGAAUUCUUGCAGAAUAUACGUGACAUUGUGAGGCCCAGAUCUAAAGGCAAAAAAGGAAUUUCCAAUAAGAAGAAGAAAAAAUAGAUAACAAAGAAUGACGCAAUAUUUAAUAUUGCAUUACGGUUUUACCGUUUUUGUAAUAUUUUAAUGGUUAUUAUUUUAUAAUUUUAAAUAGAUUUUUAUAUCAUCAGCUAAAAUAUAAUUCAGUCCUUCCCCUGCUUUAUUUAAAUUCUUUAUGUUUCAUACCCUAAUGAUUUAAAUAAUAGCGAAAAAUAAAAUGGUUUUUUACUG